UUCCUACCUGAUUCGACCAUUUUUCAUUUCGGCCGGCUACGGUUCGCCCAGACUUAGUCUCCAAGUUCCAGACACAUAUCAACAGAUAGAUCUUGAUCAGCUCUAUCCGAUGGACACCUUUGCAACCAUGUUAAAAUAUUCAGACCAUGCCAAAAAUUGCUAACUACUGCCUCAUUGGUCCUAUUUUCAGUUUUCGGCUCACCCCAAUUCAGUCUCCAAGUUCGAGACACACAUUAACAGAUAGAUCUCGAUGAGCUCUACCCGAUGGACAUAUUUGGGGCCAUUUUAAAAUAUACAGUCAUGCCAAAAAUUGCUAAUCAACGCCUAAUUAGUGCAAUUUUCACUUUCCGGCCCGUUCUGACUCGCCCAGAAUUAGUCACCAAGUACGAGACACACAUCAACAGAUAGAUCUCGAUGCGUUCUAUGUGUUGGGCACCUUUUGGGCCAUCUCCAAGUAUUCAAUCAUGCGGAAAAUUGCUAAUUAUUGCAUUUAUCAUUUCAGGGCGUCACGAUUCGCCCAGACUUACUCUUCAAGUACGAAACACACAUCAACAGAUAGAUCUCGAUCAGCUCUGUCCAAUGGACACCUUUUGGUCCAUUUUGAAAAAUUUAGUCAUGUCAAAAAUUGCUAAUUACCGCCUAAUUUCUCGAUUCUUCACUUUCUACCCGUCACGAUUCGCCCAGACUUAGUCUCCCAGUACGAGACACACAUAAACAGAUGGCUCUCGAUGAGUUCUAUCCGUUGGUCACCUUUUGGGUCAUCUCAAAGUAUUUAUCCUUGCGAAAAAUUCCUAAUUAGCAAUUUUUCGCAAGGCUAAACACUUUGAGAUGGCCCAAAAGGUGACCAACGGAUAGAACUCGUCGAGAUCCAUCUGUUUAUGUGUGUCUCAACCUUGGAGACUAAAUCUGGGCGAAUCACGACGGAUAGAAAGUGAAGAAUGGAGAAAUUAGGGGGUAAUUAGCAAUUUUUGGCAUGACUGAAUAUUUUAAAAUGGCUCCGAAGAUAUCCAUCGGGUAGAGCUCAUCAAGAUCUAUCUGUUGAUGUGUGUCUCGAACUUGGAGACUAAAUUGGGGUGAGUCGGGGUGGACCGGAAACUGAAAAUAGGACGAAUGAGGCACUAGUUAGCAAUUUUUGGCAUGGUCUGAAUAUUUUAACAUGGCUGCAAAGGUGUCCAUCGGAUAGAGCUGAUCAAGAUCUAUCUGUUGAUAUGUGUCUGGAACUCGGAGACUAAGUCUGGGCGAACCGUAGCCGGCCGAAAUGAAAAAUGGACGAAUCAGGUAGGAAUUAGCAAUUUGAGGCAUGGCUGAAUAUUUUAAAAUGGCUCCGAAGAUAUCCAUCGGGUAGAGCUCAUCAAUAUCUAUCUGUUGAUGUGUGUCUCAAGCUUGGAGACUAAAUCUGGACGAAUCGCGACGGGUAGAAAGUGAAAAAUGGAAAAAUUAGGCGGUAAUUAGCAAUUUCGGCAUGACUAAUUGUUUCAAAAUGGACCAAAAGCUGUCCAUCGGAUGGAGCUCAUCGAGAUCUAUCUGUCGAUAUGUAUCUCGUACUUGGAGACUAAUUCUGGGCGAAUCGCGACGGGUUUUUCAAGAUUUUGCUAGUUUUUGCCUCGUUUUUCGAUGGUUUUUCGGUUAUAGUGGGCGAGGGUUUGGUUUAAUUUCACAAAGGUGGUGCGAAUCUGAUAGAGCAUGUUGAAUUCUACUUGGAGACUAACAUUUCAGAGUUGGAGACUAAUUUAUGUCGAAUCCAUUCACGAAAUACUCGAAUCCUGACCUAAGAUAUCCUACGUGAAUGAGCAUGAUCUUGAUCAUGAUCGAACAUAGGAUCGUGAGCAAGAAUCAGGAUGAGAAGAUGGACCGUCUAAGAUUGAGAUAUCUCUGUGGACUGAAUUCAGAAAAGGUGACAAUCGACAUCAAAGAGCAAGAGGACAAAACGACGGCUGUUCAUUUUCUUCAUUACAAGAGAUUUUUCCAAUUUUCUCAGAAUGUGCAGAUCUACGCCAUCAAUCGUCGAUUCCAAGACUAAAAAUAACUGAGGUGAGAUUAUUGUGAAAAUUGAUGAAAAUACUUAAAGAAAAAAGUGUUGAUCCAGUGGUACCUAUCAAAAAAGCAUCUUUCGUCUUAAUGAGUUCUAUACUAAUCAAUGGCUCGGACAUCGCUCUUUCGAAUAGUGAAAACUGCAGCUCUCUAUCUAGUUCCUAUGAAAAGUUAUUCGGAAAAUGGUAACCUGCCUUUGAUGUGGGAUUGGAUAAUAGAAUGUUAUCUAUUAUGUUUCCCUAUAGAAAAGAUGAGCUUAUUCGAUCAAAUCCUGAUAUUUUUGAAUGUCUUAACUAUAAUUAUUUUCAGUCAAGUAUUAAAAGGAAGUAGACGUAAGCCUAAGGAAAAAAUUUCAAGAUUGGUUAUAGUAGAUCUAUACAUCAUGAAAUUAAUGAUCCAAAAAUUGAAGGUCUGCAGAGACACUAAAAGAAAAUUCAAUAAUGUUCAGAAAUAUUCGAACCAAAAUCAGAGUUCGAGUUCGAUACAUGCCUACUUGAAACUCUUUUUCUCCAAAAACUAUGGGUACAGUUUGAUGAAUUUCAACAGAAAUUAGAAUAGACAAUGUUUUUCUUUACUUGAAUUAUGAAACUGAAAAGAAAAACAAAUACCAUUGAUUAUAACUCACUUUGCAGUCAAGUAAUCUGUAUGAUAUUGUAUUACUGAGCAACGUUCUUGAAAAAAUAUUGAUACAAAAAUUUCAAGACCUCUAGCAUCUUUAGUAAUUGAUAUAUCGUAGAAAUUAGAUUUUUUUUUGUAUUAUAGUAAAUGACAAUGUAAAAAGUGAAUAAUAUAUUAGUUUUUGAAAAUUUAUUGGACUAUAUGAAAGACUGAAAUGAAAUACCGAUUCAGUAGCUUUUUUUGCUAUGUUCAAUUGUGCUUUUCAACCUAUCUGUAAACAAUUUAUUGUUAUAACACAUAAAUGAGCCUUGUUUUUUCGCUUAUCCUUGCUUUCUAAACAAUAUAUUACUUCAUAUUAUCAAGAUCAUAUCAUAUCUACUAAUUUGUCUUAUAAUAAUUAUUCUUUAUAGUCUGAUGAUCUUGAUAAAGAAGCUUAUUUUAUUCGUUUAACAAAACCAAGUUUCUAUUGGCAACCCGGUGCAAUUGAUAAAGGAAUUCUUUUUUGGUUAAAUUAUAAAAAUACAUAUGAACAUUGGAAUGAACAACGUGGUGCAUUUACAACACCAACAAGUGAUUCAACACGUUUACGUUCAAUAGUUAAUGUUCCAACAUCACCACCAUCAACAACAAAAGAACUUAAUAUUAUGUUUCAAUUACAUAUUGUUGAUUUAGGUAUUGCAAUACCACUUCAACAAUAUGAUCCACCAACAAAAUUAACAACAGAUAAUUUAACAACACAAUUAAUCAAUUCUCAACAAUCAAUAUCAACAUUAGAUGAAAGUAGUGAUUUUCUUGUAUUUACACUUGAUAAAACAACAAUAUCAGCAUGUUCAUGUGGUGCUAUAAUAAGUUCUGGUUCAUUUGAAGGUUUUUGUUUUCGUUUUGCUGAAAAUUUUCAACAAACAAAUAAAAAUUGGAAACCAACACGUUCAUUAUUAUCAUCAAAUAUUAUUUUAAAUGCAUGUUGUGUACCAAGUGGAAAAUAUUUAAUGCAUUCACGUGCAAAAAAUAUUCUUAAUUCAAAUAGUCCAAAAUGGUUUUUAAAUGUACAAUGGGAUAUGCAAGGUAUUGAUAUAAAUCUUGAUUCAAUUAUAGGUAAACGUUUUUCACAAUUAAUACGUACAAUAACAUCAACACAUUUAAUUGAACCAAUUGAUCAUUUAAAUAAUAAUAAUGAUUUAUUAUUAAAUUCAAAUCAAAUAAAUACACAUGAUAAUAAUACAAUGAAUAUUAUUGAACAUAUGGAUCAAAGUGAAGAUGAUGAAAGAAUUAAACGAUUAGAAUAUGAACAUUUAAUAUUAGGACAUAAAAUUGAAACAUUAAAACGAUCUCAAGCAUCGGAUGAAAUAUUAAAACCAGAAUUAGCAAGAUAUCAAUGGUUAGAACAAGAAUUAUUACAUACAGUCAAAUCAGAAAUACAACUUCUCAUGCCUAAACCAUUAAUACUAAUAUGA